GCGAUAAAAAGCGCACCUUGUAACGCACGUAGCCCUCAGACCACUCUUUUUCUCACGACGCCAUCGUAGGAACAGGUCAACAUGAAGUCCGUCGCCGUGGUUCUUGCCGUUCUGCUGGCAUCCCAGUGCCUGGCCGUCCGCCCGCCUCCCCGCUCCCAGCGGCCGCUGACCUGGCCUGGCGGCCUGUCUCUGAGCCAGGACUUCAAGCCCAGCAAGGUGGACCUGGAUCUCUGCAAGUUCUGCAUAGACUUCAGUCAGCAGGCCAUCCAGCAGCUGCUGAACAUUAUCCUGCAGGUGGGAGUUGUUGGGACCUGUGGGGAACUGUGCCAGGCCCUGGCAGACAAGACCGGCAGCCAGGCGCUGGGCGUGGCCUGCAACCUGCUGUGUGACAUCGAGGGCGUGCAGGAAUUCAUCAAACUGAUUGAAAAGGCUGAUUUGGACCCGAUCUACUACUGUGAGCUGCUGAAGCAGUGCACCAUCAAGGACGACGGCGACGCCAAAAUCACCACUCUCAGCGUCAACCCCAAGUCUGGGCCACAGGGAACUUUCAUCAUCGAUGUGGAGUACGUGUCCAAGAACGGCACCGGCACAGGCGAAAUGGUCAUAGACAUCGACACUGUGGACGGCAUCCCACUGGGCCAGGGCUUCGUUCUUGAGGCGCAGGAGGCAGGCACGUACGGACAGAAGAUCUCUCUGAGGGCGGAGCCGAACCCGGAUUGUGACCCCACACAGGGACCGUGUGAGAGUUUCCAGCCGGGAAACUACGGAGUCAGAAUCGCCCUCUGCAAUGGCGAGUGCGGCAGUAAGCACCCCCACAGUCAGAUCUACGACCAGGGCAUGACGAACUUCACCAUCACCGGUUAGAGAAGCCGCGCCAUAGCUACAGGAGACUCUGACUAGCGCAUCAACCUUCGCAAACAACCACGUUCUCAUUCUAGCUCUUACCUUCCACUUCCGCUUUAUAACAUAACUGUUAUAAAGCGUUCCCUCCGUGUAUAAGCCCUUGUACAUUCAAGUCGAUAUUGCCAUAAUUGUUUUACCGAAAGUUAAUUAUGCUAAAAGCUAUAUCGUACAUACCAUCCUCAUGUAUGAAUGUGGUGACAGUAGCUUUUGGUUGAACAGUGUCUUAAAACAAAGCGCUACUAGUUCUAAUGUGCGCUUUUCACAGCAAUGCAAUGCAUUCCUUUUUACUAAUAACGUAAUAAAAUAUUAACUUCAA